AUCUUGAAUCUUUCAACAGAAAAGUCAUGUUAAAAAUUAUAAUCUUAUCCCUUAUCCUUUUUAAAAGUGCUCAUUCGAAAUGUGAGAAACCAAAAUAUCUUUUGGAUAACGAACAGGAAUGUUUAGAAAUAACGACGAGCGUCUUUGAAAGAUUUUCAAAUUCCGCCACUGGCGUUUUUAACAUGGCCAAGAAAAAAUUGGGGAUCGAUUACGAAGAAGAACCGUUGAAAUGUAGUUAUUAUUUAUGCGUACUUCACAAUUUAAAAAUGGUGACGGAAUCGGGAAUUUUAAAUGAGGAAUUAAUCAAAGAGUGGAUGGAGGGACACAUUCCUGGGGAUGUCCAAGAAGAAUUUACUAAAUACUCAAUGAAAUGCAAUGAAGAUGCUACGAAACUUGCAGAUGUCUCAAACUGUCAAAAAGCCACAGAAUUUAUUAAAUGUUUAUCUCAAUAUGAAGAAUGUAAAAUAUUUAAAUUUCCUUAAUGCAACGUUCUUAACCACCAUCUAAAAAAGAAAAACUCAACCAGUGUCAACAAUAACAAAAAAGUUAAUAAAUUACUUAAUAACCAA